GAGGUGUCACAUGCUAAGUUGUCCGUCUACAGUUUACAGUAAUGGAGGGUAGAGUGAGUAGAGGUAGGGGAGGCGGUUGGAAAAGAGGUGGCCGAGCUGGAAACAACAGCGAAAGUUUAAGCGGUGAACACCGAGGCCGAAGCCGAGGAGGCCAGCACCGCGGCCGGGGGAAAAGAGACCACCACCGUGGUCGUGGCCGCGGGGGAGGCGCCCAUUCAGCGGACUUCCACCAGUGGGACCAAGAUGAAGGGGACAAGUCUCAGGAGGAUGGCGACAGGCUGGAGGUGUUUUCCAGGAGGAAGCUGGAGUCAAACUGGGAUCGUUACGAGGAGUCGGAGAGGCAGGAGUCGGAUGACACGCCUGUUCAGAGAGGAACAGACUACCAUGUGCUGCUGGGGUCAGCAGGGGAUUCCUUCACUCAGUUCCGGUUUUCAGAAGAAAAGGACUGGGAGAUGGACCCAUUUGCAGCCAGUCAGAUGUCAGUAGUGUUUGUGGACCUCCCAGCUCUCACCCAGACUCUUCAACAAGUCCCUCUACAUCAGAGACUCAACCUUGAGGCUGAGCUGCUGCAGGUUGCGACACCAGUGGAGUUACCUGCUAUGACCCUCGCACAUAAACAAGAGAUGCCCAAAACGUCCACAUUCACUCCUCCGUCUGCAGCUUUUAAAAGCCUCAGCACCGACCAGAAAGUCCCUACGGCUGCAAACCCAGCGCUGGCCUCAGACUCACAGGUUUCCUCUGCUGUUGCUCAGCCUCUGGUGGAUGAUGAUGGUGAUGAAGAGUUAGACCGAUUGCUCAGUUUACAGAAGUCAGUCUCAGGUGUUGCAGGAAAACAGUCUGUCAGUGGCGCAGAUGAGGAGACUGAUAUUCCAGAGCAAGAGUGUGAGGAAGUGAAGGAGGUGAUAGAAGAGAAGGUGGAAGAGGAGGUGAAAGAUAAAGACAUCAGACCUUCAAAGUCUGUGUCCGUCAAACAGGAGAUGACAGAGGAGGACCUGGAGGACUGGCUCGACAGCAUGAUCUCCUGACCACCAGGAAACACUUCAUUCAACAUAAAAGACGUGGACUUCACCAAUGUGCUACAUCUACAUGCUGCACACACUCUUUGUUUUCUUUUUGUCGUUUCCUGGCCUGGAAGAGAGAGACAAUAUGUUUUGGAGGUGUAGAAAUAGGACAGUAUGUCUUGAACAUUUGUGAAAAUGCGUGAAAAUGUUCCCUCAGCGCUUCACAUCUCAGACAAAGAACUCUCUGUUCUUGUGAUUUUGACAAAGUUGCACACUGCUGGAGUGUUGCCACCAAAGGGAUCUUUUCUGCGAGGAGGACGGACAGAUACUGAAACAGGUCACAGGUGACACGUUUGGUUUAUUGCGUCAAUUACUUUAUUCAUUUCCUCCCCCUCACCAAAAGAAAUGCGGUUUACCAAAGCUACUACAUAGAUACAAAUGGCCAUCCAAUAGCAAUUAACCAUUUUGUCGUCAAUAAAUCCUUAAACCAA